UACUAGAUAUCAACAAUUUGCCAUUACCGGAACAUCAGCCAUCUAUAUGAAUCCAUUGUCAAUGGCGUGUUAUUUGUAAAAGUACUUUCAAGAAGUUCAACGUACGGUAAGAGGUUCAACGUGCAAAGAUAUCAUCGAGUUAGACGAUAAAUGAACAACCGUGGAGACAUAUCGCCGUCGACAUUUCGAGACGUUUGAAAAUCUUCGCACGGCAAAUGAGACUCGCUGCCUCUCUACACUCGCUGCGAUCAACGCGUGUGCAUGGUAGUAAAAUGGCUGCCGAGAAACGUCAAUACAUUUUGUAUCAAUAGCAGCUUACCUUUUGUAAAUAACCGUGGCAAGGGGGAUCGCAAUAAAACGGAUGCCGUUCAAUUAACAGUUCUCGACUUUUUUUUUCGUAAUCGUGUGCGUGUACGGGUGCAUGUGAACCGGAAAUGGCAGAAUUCGUGCGUGGAGGACCGAGCGUGUCCAACAGUGCUAAGAUGGAUCACAAUAGCAAAGGAGGUUCCCCUAGCACUGGUAGUGAAGAUGGUGGACAGAAUGAGUCAAUGAAUGCGGAAAAUGAAUUUGAUCCUUUCCUUGAAAAUAUACCAGACGAUAUUCAAGACACAGAGGAACAUGAUAGUGCUAAUGCGACAUUAUUAACAGCUCCUCCAGAAAAUCAGUGGUAUCACGGUAGAUUAGAUAGAUUUACUGCAGAGGAAAGACUGUGGGACGCAAGUAAAAUGGGUAGUUAUUUAGUACGUGAGAGUGACAGAAAGCCUGGAAGUUACGUGUUGUCCUAUUUGGGCAGAACUGGCAUUAAUCAUUUUAGAAUUACAGCUGUGUGUGGAGAUUAUUAUAUUGGAGGCAGACAGUUCAACAGCUUGUCAGAUCUUGUCGCAUAUUAUACUCACUGCUCUGAUCUUCUAAAGAGAGAAAGACUUAUACAUCCUACUCCACCUCCUGAACCAGUGAAUGAUAAGAAACGAAUAGUUGCGAUACUGCCAUACACGAAAAUGCCUGACACGGAUGAAUUGAGUUUCCAAAAGGGUGACAUAUUUUUUGUGCAUAAUGAUAUGGGAGAUGGUUGGUUAUGGGUUACUGCUCAUAGAACUGGUGAACAAGGUUUAAUAUUCCGUGAAUUAGUAGAGGAUUUGGAUGAUUCCAUUGAUCCUAAUACUGUAUUUUCCUGGUUUCAUCCUAAUGUUACUAAAAGUGAGGCUGUUGACAUGUUGGUGAAGGCAGGACCUGGCAGUUUCUUGGUCAGGCCUUCGGACAAUAGUCCUGGAGAUUAUUCACUCUUUUUUCAUAUAAACAAUCAAAUUCAAAGAUUUAGGAUUGAAAAAAAAGGCGUACGUUAUCUCAUGGGCGGUAGAACUUUUGAAUGUCUUGAUGCUGUUAUAAACAGAUAUCGGAAAGAACAAAUAGUCGAAGGUCACACUUUAGUUCAAGCGAUGGUAACUGAGCCUGACGGUAGCGUGAGGGUCAAUAGAGAGGUGCAACACGCGGAAAAGAUAUACGCAACUCUUAGAGAAUGCCGUGAACAAUCUGGAGCAAAGAAAAACAAGGGAAUUAAAAUGCAAGGAUAUUUAGAAAAGAAAUCAGAGAAGAAUAAAAAAUGGAAAGCAUUGUAUUUUGUACUUUUAGUAGAUGCAACUGAUACUCAUUUAUAUUUGUAUGACAAUCCGAAGAGGACCAAACCUAAAGGUCUUAUCGAUUUAAGCUGUGCUUAUUUAUACCAGGUUCACGAAAGCGUGUUCGAUAGACCUCAUUGCUUUCAAUUAGUUGAACGUGCUUUACCAUGUUUGGCCACGAUAACAUAUUUGGCUGCUCCGAAUUCCGAGAAUGCUUUAGACUGGAUUAAUGCCUUGAAACCAUUAUGUGUAUCACAACUUACUCGUGCGCCAAAGGUUGCUCGUCUUCGUGAAUUACGUUCAUUACAUCUGCAUAUUUUAGACGCUCAUAGACUUCCAUAUAAGCUAGUACCAAACCCAUUCAUAAUAGUGGCUCUAAAUAAUGUAAAAGUUGCUCGCACAAAAGUUAAGACUGGAUUACAUCCAAUUUGGGAUGAAGAAUUCAUUUUAGAGGAUGUGCCACCGGAUGUUAUGUCGUUUUCCUUAACAUUGUAUAACAAGGGAAAACGUAGUAAAGAUACGGAAGUGGCAGAAUUAACAGUCGAAUUGGCAAGUUUGACAAAUGGCGAAGAAAUGGAUGAAUGGUAUCCAUUGUCAGGACUCACUCCGAUUGGCGAAUGGGGCGUACUUCGUUUACGAAUAAGAUAUCGGCACGAUUUAGCGAUGCCUCCUGAAGAGUAUAGUCCAUUGCAACAGUUACUAUUGGACCCAGAAUUGCAUGUUGUUAGGGCAUUAGCAGAUGUGUGUCAUUUGGAUAGAGUACCAUUGGCAAAUAGUUUACUUAGAAUAUUUAGGUGGACAAAGAAGAUGAAACGCCAACACUUUUUAGAGCUGCUAGCCUUACGACUACUUUAAUGGAUUUAUAUAUGAAGUCAGUUUGUACCUCUUUUUUGAAAGCCGCUUUACGCGACACCAUAGUGAAAUUAAUUGAAAGUAAACAGAGCUGUGAACUAAAUCCAACAAAAAUGGAUUCUCCGGAAGAUGCAUGCAGUAACGCGGAAUUUUUACUGCAGGUUUUAGACGAAGUGACAUUAAGCAUUUUUACAAGUCCCGAUGCAUGUCCAAGAACCUUGAGAUAUAUUUGUGGAUGUUUGCAAAGAGCAGUUGUUGCCAAGUGGCCACAUGAAAGACUAGUCAGAACGCGAGUAGUCAGUGGAUUUAUAUUUUUACGCCUACUUUGCCCUGCCAUAUUAAAUCCUAGGUCAUUUAAUUUAAUAGCUGAACCACCACCUCCAGCUGCUGCAAGAUCGCUAGUAAUGGUUGCGAAAUGUUUACAAAAUCUGGCUAAUUUGGUAGAAUUUGGCGGAAAAGAACCAUAUAUGGAGGUAGUUAAUCCAUUUAUUCUUAAAAACAAAGAAAGAAUGGUUGUUUUUCUGGAUCAGUUGUCUAACGUAACUGAAAAACCAGAAUCUGAAGGUACAGAUCCAAGAAAUAGAAGUUGCGUUUCGGAUACGGCAAGAGAUUUGGCCACUUUGCACCAUAUUUGUGUUUCUCAUUUAAAAGAACUUCAAGUUUUAUCAAAAACUCAGCCAACAAUAAAGCAAUUAGUAACCGUGACUGAAAUGUUAAGUAAACACAAACAAAAAUAUAUGGAAAUGAUACGGUAGUGCUAAAGCCAUUCGCCAUGAAUAAUGCCAAACGUAACAAAACAAUUUAUAAGAUUUGAUGACAGAUACACGGUAGUAUUUAAUAAUUACUCUUAAGUGGUUUAAGUAAUUAAACGUACAGACUGACGUGCCAUAUAUAUAUAUAUUAGUGUGUAUGGUAUAUAUGUAUAUAUGUGUAUGUAUGUGUAUAUAUACAUAUA